AUGCCUGUUGUGCAGCAGGAUAAGGUCGUGCUAGCAGGGAGUCCUUGCAGAGCUGACACCCAGGGGCUCUUGGACACCACUGGGUGCUUUGGAGUCUCAUGCCAGCUUGAUGUGUGCAGGACACGGGUGGACCGGGACAAGGCUGGAGAUGGGGUGUUUGUAAGCACAUUGGCACUUGCCAUGCACCCAACAGGGUCAGUGGACAGUAGCUUCUCCCGCUCUGCUGUGCAGACCCUCUCCCGGAGCCACUGCCGCAACAUCAAACAGAAGAUCUCCCAGUGGGAGGGGAGGACACGAGGGUGCUCCAGCAAGGAGAAACAGCAGCUGAAGGACUUUGGAGUAAAGUAUGAUGCCAGCUGUGAUGCUCUACCCAAAGUGAAGCCAGAACGUACAGAUAAGGGCAGAAAGACUGGGUCCAAAGAUCCAAAGAGCCUGGGUUUGGACUUCAGGGAAGAUGCACGGAGCUGCUUGCAGACUGAUGACUGCGGUGACCUCAAGGCAUGCAGCCUAGCUUCCCAAGCCAAGGAGAAAGGAGAGUGGCAAGCAGGCUUCCUGGACCCAGGGGCAACUCUGCCCCCAGGGAACUUCUAUACCUCACAAGCUUUGUGGAGGAGAGUAGAUCCCCUUCUCCCUGGCAAAGCCCCACCAGUUCCCUUGGACCUCCAGAGGAAGCAAGGGAGCUGUGGCUCCACAGAAAGAGAACUUAACGUCAAAGGUGUGGACUCUCUCUGCAGGGCAGAGAGGAGCUUGAAAAACAUUUACUCUGAGGCUGAGGGGCAAGAGGAGGAGCCAGCUGCUGUCCCACCACCCAAGCCCCGUAGGACUUUCCGCUAUCUUGCAGAAAAGGGUGCUAGUAGCUGUAGCGAUGCCAGUGCUACCAGGGAAGCUGUCCUGCAAAAGCAGCAUGGAGGAGACUUGGUGUCAUCCUCCAACAAUCCUGAGAAGAGAAUAGCCAGCAGGAGGAUCAGAGGGAGAACCCAGAGGAAAUCUUUUGAGUUUGAGGACAUCCAGGGCUUCCGCAACCGGAUGGCAACCACCAACUCCCACAGACUUCGAGAAGAGACUAAUGGCACUACAGGAUCCAGGCUCGUCUACACACAGUCAGAAGACAACAUCUACGAGGACAUUAUCUGUCCUGCAAAAGAGAACCCCUAUGAAGAUAUUGGAGCGCUGCCCUUACCCCUGUGGAAGGUCCCAUCUGUCUGGAAGCUACCACCCCCCCGGAGCACCAGUAGGGCUCCCAAGCCUCCCCCAAAACCUCCCUUCCUCAGUCGCAAGACACUUGAGCUAAAGCCCUCCCAGACAAGUUUCCAAGGGAAAACGGUGAAGGACACAACCCUGCCUGUCACGCUGACCGAGUGGAAGCUGUUCCGAGCAGUAGAGGCUGCUAGCAAGAGAAAGAACUUGCCCUGGCUGGUACUAAAAAUACAGGAGAUCUUUGAUUCUAAGCGUGGAAAGAAGAGGGUGAAGUUGCUCAGUCCUGCUGGGAGAGAAGCGCCUCCAAUGAAAGGUGAAACCAGUGGGAAUGAAAGUGAUACGGAAAAUCAGCCAAAAAGUCAACACAGGUGCCUGCUGCCAGUGCAGUCAGCCUCCAAGAGGAACCCACGCUACCAGACUUUGGAGAGGGAUUUGAUAGAGCUUCAGGAGCAGCGCCUAUUUGAGCUGUUUGUGGUGGUGUCACUGCACAAGAAGGCACCUGAGAUGACGUACACACCACAGAUCAUACAGCAGUUUCCCAGCAAGCCUGAACAUCCCUUCAGACAGUCAAAGGAUACUGAAGAGAGGCUAAAGGUCAUUCCCAAAUUCUGCUUUCCAGAUCCCAAAGACUGGUUUCCUGCAUCAGACCUUAAAAGUGAAACAUUUUCUUUUGUGUUGACGGGAGAGGAUGGCAGCCGCUGGUUUGGGUACUGCAAGAAGCUCCUGCCAGAAGGGAAAGGGAAGCGCCUUCCUGAGGUAUACUGCAUCGUUAGCCGCCUGGGCUGCUUCAACCUCUUCUCCAAGAUUUUAGAUGAGGUGGAGAAGAGGCGAGAGAUGUCCCCAGCCCUCGUACACCCAUUUAUGCGUAGCGUAAUGGAGGCGCCUUUCCCUGCUCCUGGACGCACGAUCGCUGUGAGGAGUUUCCUGCCCGGAGCAGGAAAUGAGGUGAUGGAACUCUGCCGUCCAUUGGAUUCUCGACUCGAACACGUUGACUUCGAAUGCCUGUUUAAGUGUCUGAGUGUCUCUCACACGAUUCGGGUCUUUGCCUCUCUCCUGCUGGAAAGGAGGGUGAUCUUUGUUGCUGACAACUUAAGCACUCUGUCUAAAUGUGGCCAUGCCGCAGUUGCAACGCUCUAUCCCUUCACUUGGCAACACACCUACAUACCAGUCCUGCCAACUUCUAUGAUUGAUAUUGCGUGCUCUCCAACCCCGUUCUUAAUUGGCAUUCUCUCCUGCUCGUUACCACAGCUCCAGGACCUGCCCAUAGAAGAGGUUCUGAUUGUUGAUCUUUGUGCUGACAAGUUCUUGCAAGAGGUAUCAGAUGAAGAUGAGAUCCUGCCUCAUAAACUCCAGGCUGCGCUUGUACAAAUCUUGGAAGAACGAAGUGAAAUCUUGUCACACGAGCAGAGUGACACACAAGGUGACAUGCCUCUUAACUCCCUGGUCUCUGAAGCUUUUGUGCAGUUCUUUGUGGAGAUCGUUGGACACUACUCCCUGCACAUGAAUGUCACAGAAAAAGGGGAGCGGGUGUUUCAGCGGGAACUGUUCCGUAAAUCUCACGUGUCACGCAAUGUGCGUCAUUUCUUGCACUUCUUCAUGGAAACGCAGAUGUUUGCAGGGUUCAUACAGGAUCGAGAGCUAAGUAAGAACGUGGUCAAAGGCCUUUUUGAGGUCCGUGCCUUGCAGUAUUUGGAGAGUAUUCCAGAGACGGAACCAACUGGAAUGAACAAAAUCCUUCGCAGUCUUGGAAGUAAAAUGAAAUUUCUUCAGAAGAAAUGAAGGUGUGCUGCUGCGGGCCAGCGAAGCGGCGGCG